AAUUAAAACCUCUGUUGCAGUCUCCCUUCAGUUCCGUUGAAUAACAAAAGUCUCUCUCUCUCUCUCUCUCUCUCUCUCUCUCUCUCAUGUUCCGUCGUGGGUUGGGUGGCUCUGUCCGUUUCCCCUAAAAAAUGUGGCGCACACACACAGUUUCAAAGCUUUUCUCUUCCCUUUCUCUCUCGUGAAUUAUUUCCACACUUUUCCCAAUUCCACAAAUUUUAAGAAAAAUAAAAAGAAAAAUCUCCUUCAUUCUAUAAAAAAAUCUGUUCCAGGAAAAAAAAAAGGAUAAAUUAUUUUUCUCAUUCUGAUAAAUAAAUAUAAAUAUUGUUCUCCCUAACUCUCUUCCUCUCUUUCCUUCUCUUUUUGUGCGUGUCAUAACAAAAGAGGAAGGGGCACAAAGGAGAAAUCCAAUCACCUAUCAUCUAAUCGUUACAGUGAAGGAAAAAAUAAAACUGAGAGAAUGAAUGGUGUCACCCACCUUGAACCAGAACCAGACGAUCCUUCUGAGUUUGUUGAAGUUGAUCCAACUGGAAGAUACGGAAGAUACAAUGAAAUCCUCGGCAAAGGAGCUUCAAAGACAGUAUAUAGAGCAUUUGAUGAGUAUCAAGGGAUUGAAGUUGCUUGGAACCAGGUCAAGCUUUAUGAUUUCCUGCAAAGUCCUGAAGAUCUUGAGAGGCUUUACUGUGAAAUUCAUCUCUUGAAGACAUUGAAGCACAAGAACAUUAUGAAAUUCUACACAUCUUGGGUAGACACUGCCAAUAGGAACAUCAAUUUUGUCACUGAAUUGUUCACUUCUGGUACUCUCAGACAGUAUAGACUAAAGCACAAGAGAGUGCAUAUCAGAGCAGUGAAGCAUUGGUGCAGACAGAUCUUGAGAGGGCUUCUCUAUCUUCAUAGCCAUGAUCCACCUGUGAUCCAUAGAGAUCUCAAAUGUGACAAUAUUUUUAUCAAUGGAAACCAAGGGGAGGUGAAGAUUGGAGAUCUUGGCCUGGCUGCGAUUCUCCGGAAAUCUCAUGCUGCUCAUUGUGUAGGAACGCCCGAGUUCAUGGCCCCUGAAGUUUACGAAGAGGCAUAUAAUGAAUUGGUCGACAUAUAUUCAUUUGGUAUGUGCAUAUUAGAGAUGGUUACCUUUGAAUAUCCUUAUAGUGAAUGCACUCAUCCAGCGCAAAUCUACAAGAAAGUUAUUUCCGGUAAAAAGCCGGAUGCUUUGUACAAAGUGAAGGAUCCAGAAGUGCGAGAAUUUGUUGAGAAAUGCUUGGCAACUGUUUCUUUAAGGCUAUCUGCAAGGGAGCUUCUAGAUGACCCGUUUCUUCGAGUUGAUGAUUAUGAUUAUGAUUUGAGACCUGUAGACGGUGGGGAAUUGGAUGACUUAGGCCCUCUCAUUAGGCAGCCACUAUUUGAUCUUCAUCGAAGCUAUAGCAACAUUAGUAACGAAUACUCGAAUGGUUUUGGGUAUGAAGGAGACUGGUCAUCGCAUCCAGCUGAGAUUGAACCUAAUGGAAUAGAACUUUUUGAGUACCAUGACGAUGAUGAUGAAGAAACGUCUGAAGAUGUUGACAUAAGCAUCAAGGGCAAGAGGAAAGAUGAUGGUGGCAUAUUUUUGAGACUCAGAAUCGCAGAUAAAGAAGGCCGUAUUCGAAAUAUUUAUUUCCCAUUCGACAUUGAGAUGGACACAGCAAUUAGUGUGGCAGCAGAAAUGGUCGCAGAGCUUGACAUUACCGACCAGGAUGUUACCAGAAUAGCUGAUAUGAUAGAUGGCGAAAUUGCUUCUUUGGUACCUGAUUGGAGGCGUGGACCAGGAAUCGAUGAAUCUCCCCGAUUUUCCAAUCAGGGUUUAUGUCACAAUUGUGUCUCGAAUCAUACCUCCAGCGGAUCGCUUCUGGAUUUCAUUUCGCAGAAUCCGGGCAGCAAAAACCCCAAACUUGGCGAGUGUUGUAGGCGUGGAUGUACUUCAAUGCAUGGACGAUUCGAGGAGAUCACUUUCGAAUCUGAGGAUUACGACAAUCAUGUUAGAGAGAAUGUACCCAACAUAUCAAGCCAGUCACACAGCUUACAGUACCAGGGUUUAUGGAAUCAGCACGAAAGCCGCGAACUCAGUCCGGUAGCGUCCGAUCAAAGCCAUUCUGACGAACAAUACGAACAACUAGACAAAUCAAUAGCUGCUGAAGAUAAAGGGCAGGAUCAUUGGGAAACCAAGUUUGCCUCCAAUGCUGGAAGCUCUCUGCGUAAUUUAUCAGGAACCCACGAUUUCUCUACUAUUCGAUCGUUAUGUUGUGACCUAGAGGGUGACUACGAGGAAGAGAUCCAAAAGGAGCUGAGAUGGCUCAAAGCGAAAUACCAAAUGGAGUUAAGGGAACUCAAAGAUCAACACCUUGGCCUAAUGCCUAAAUCUUCUUCUUCCAACAGCAAUGACAAAGAGGAAAACAAAACUGAACACCAACUUGUUAUGCCGCUGCAUUUGCUGACAAAAACUUUGAAAGCAAGCAACAAUAACAAUGUGAUUCAUUUGAAACCCUUUACCAAUAACUUGAACUGUGAUGCCACUACUAACCAUCCUCCUCACUGCAACAAUAGCAUCCCCGAUCUGGAUGCCCAAAGGGCCCAGAAUCGCGAGGCGAUGGAAUCACUUAGUGAAGAAGAAGGUAUGGUUAAUGCUAAGAACUUUUUUUCUGGUACAUUGCUUCCUCACUCGCUUCAUAGAACAGUUUCCCUUCCGGUUGAUGCUGUUGAUGUAUAAUUUUCUUGAGGCACUUAUUGGAUUCUUUUGUAGAUUAUAAAAUAUAUAGAGGCUAUCCUGAUUUCUACUA